UGCAAAGAAAGCGGGAGGACGAAAGCACGUUGUAGUGCAGCAGGAACGGUGCGUCAAAGACUAUGACGUAUAAGCAGCACGUUUCUGAAACAUCUGCACUGCGGACACUUUUAGAAAUCAGUUAAUGAUUGUGGUUGCUAGGCCUAACUUUGCUUCUAACUGGGAAACUGAGUACUUUUGUUACUUUAUCGGGGAAGUUUUGUGACUGAGUCAAUUGUUCUGAGUGCAGCAGUUAGUGCAAAACUCUAUGGUAAAAAAAAAGGCCAUGGCGAACACUAAGGCAAAAGCACUUAAUGGACACGACGUUACAGAGGCUGAGUUUCAGGUAGUACAUAUUGAACCUCGACCUUUCCGUCCUUUCAAGUCCAGUGAGGAGUAUCUAUAUGCUAUGAAAGAAGAUUUGGCCGACUGGCUCAACACUCUUUACAAUGUAAACAUCACUGCCGAAACUUUCAUGGAAAGCCUUGAGACGGGAGUCCUCUUGUGUGUUCACGCUAAUCACGUCGUAAGGACCGCCCGGGAGUGGCGGCGGUCAGGUCGGAAUGAUCUCAACACCAUCAUCCCGGAUCAGGACGUGGUGUACCGCAGUGAUGUCCAGCCCAGUACUUUUCAAGCACGGGAUAACGUGUCCAACUUCAUCACGUGGUGUACGAAUCUACCGAUUAUGGAGUGUUUACGGUUUGAAACAGACGACUUGGUCAUGAGAAAGAACGAGAAGAGUUUCAUCCUUUGCCUUCUGGAAGUUGCAAGAAGGGGCGCUAAGUUUGGGAUGCUUGCACCACUCUUGGUCCAGAUGGAAGAGGAGAUCGACGCAGAGAUAGCUAAAGCUGACUUCGAUUCCGACGGCCACGAGGCUGACGACGACUCUGAUGCUACCAGUGCGUCUGGUGUUGGAGAGCCUUCUCAAAAUCAAAUCAUUACUAACAACCUAAGAAGUCUUCAUGAAAGGGUUGUGGAGCUUCUGAACCGCUGCACUUGUCCUACCCAGUUUCCAAUGAUUCGAGUCUCGGAAGGAAAAUAUCGCAUUGGAGAUACAAAGAUUCUCAUUUUUGUCAGGGUGAGUAUAUGUAGCAAGUAUAGCCUUUAA